AUGACGGACAACGCAGAGAUCCUCGAGCCCCAGGGCGAUCACCACGCCUGGUUCUCCCUGCAGCCUUUCCUUGAGGCCGGGAAGUGGUCAUCCACGCCGGGCACCUACUUCAAGGAGAUGAAGGAGAAGAACGGCGGCGCGCCCAUCUACAAGGCCCAUCCCGGCCUCAAGGUCAUCACCAUUACGGACCAUGCUUCCGGGAAGUGGUUCUUCAAUCAGCCGGACACGGUCUUGGACCGCCAGGCAAGGGAGGAAAGGAAGGAAGUAGGCUAA